CUUUUUGGAAGUUUUGAAUGUAUAUUCGGGAAAAGAAUUUGACGGACAAACUAGAGACUUUGCUAUGGCUUUACCAGGACCCAAUAAGGAUAACAUCAGAGCAGGAUGCAAGAAGUGCGGCUACCCGGGACACCUGACUUUCGAGUGCCGGAACUUUGUACGAGUGGAUCCCAGAAAGGACAUUGUCCUGGAUGUAAGCAGCACCAGCAGUGAGGAGAGUGAGGAAGAGGAACAAAAUGACGGGCUGCCUGGUCCUAAUGCCAAAGGUUCUCAGGAGGAUCCCAAAAAAGUGAGACAGAAAAAGAAGAAGAAAGAGAAAUCUCUCAAGUCAAAAAAGAGAGCUCAUUCAUCAAGUGAUGAUGAAGAGGACAAGAAGAGGAAAAAGCAGAAGGGCCAUAAAAAGAAAAGCAAGCGGGAAAAGAAGCAAAAGAAAGAGAAACAGCACAAGAAAAGGCAGAAAAAACAGACAACACACUCUUCACCCUCUGACAGUUCCAGUAGCUCUUCAGACAGUGACUGAGAAACAUACCUACCUGGAAUUAGUGUGCAGAGACUUUGAACAUGUCCAGCAAGGCUUCUGUUGCUAAGAGUGGCAGCUGCAUUUCUUUUUCUGCUCUACAUUUGUACUGGUCUAUAACUGAUUGCCAGACAAGAUGUUUUGUCAUGUCCUACAUUUUCUCUGAUUAGCCAGGUUUCCUGUUCUGUCUUUUUUUUUUUUAAAUGUAUGUUCUGUUAAUUUAUUGUAAACAUUCUCUGGACCCUUUUAAGUUUCAGUCCAUUUCAGUUGAGUGCAAACACUGAGGACAGAAAAUUCUUUGAAUUUUUACAUAGGUUUUAGUUUUGUAGUGUUUGGUGCAGCACAGAACUGUUGAAUGCAUCUAUUUUUCUAAGUGAUUCAGGAGUCAGAUUCUGGGUUUAAAAUAAAGUUUAAAGUCUUA